GUGAGACUAAAACUGUGACAAAAACUUUAAUUUUAGCCCAAAACUGUGAUGUGAUGGUCGUCAAAAUCGAGCCCGUCUCUUCUUCCAGCGAAAUGCAUAAUUCUCCAAGGGAUCCCCAAAGAUCGACAGUGAAGCACGUUGGAAAUGACAUAAAUAUAUCCUUGAAUUCAAAUCCAAAUGAUCUGAUCUUGGUGGGAAACAAAUCCCGCGUGGACAUCCAAACCAAUGAAGGAAGUGUUAAAAUAAUUGGUGAUUAUUGUAAAGUACGGAUCCUUUGCAAUUUGGGAAGUGUCCGUUAUGUUGGCAACAAAGGAACUGUGGUAAUUGGAAAUGAUUCGGUUUCCCAUGAUGUUAAAUAUACAGGAAACGGUGGAAAUUUGAAAUAUCGUGAUGGAACUGAUAUGGACAGCAAAAAAUUUACACAAACCUUGGAAGACGAUCGAGGGAAGAAGAAACGUAGCAAAAAAUAUUCUAGAAUUUAUAAUUCUGAUAGUGCUUUGAAUGCUGAUGCCAUUUUAAUUAAUUGUAAUAAGUAUUUAAAUGAUUAUCCAGUUAAUUUUAACUGCAGAUCCACCGAAUGUUUUAUCACGAGCGGAGCAGUUUACACAACUACCCCUUGUAUAUCCGUAGUCAAUGGAAAUGUUACAAUUAAUAAUUAUAAUUCCUGA